AUGUCUAAAGGAAAAGUCUGUCUUGCAUACUCUGGUGGGUUGGAUACCUCAAUCAUCUUGGCCUGGUUAUUAGAACAAGGUUACGAAGUUAUAGCAUUCAUGGCCAAUAUCGGUCAAGAAGAAGAUUUCGAAGCUGCUAGAGAAAAAGCCUUAGCCAUUGGUGCCACUAAAUAUGUUUUAGUUGAUGUUAGAAAGCAAUUUGUCGAAGAUGUUUGCUUCCCAGCUAUCCAAGCUAAUGCCAUCUAUGAAAAUGUUUAUCUAUUGGGGACUUCUUUAGCUAGACCUGUUAUUGCACAAGCUCAAAUCCAAGUUGCUGAACAAGAAGGUUGUUUCGCCGUGUCUCAUGGUUGUACUGGUAAAGGUAACGAUCAAGUUAGAUUCGAAUUAUCAUUUUAUGCCUUGAAACCUGAUGUUGUUGUUAUUGCCCCAUGGAGAGAUCCAACUUUCUUUGAAAGAUUUGCUGGUAGAAAAGAUUUAUUAGCUUAUGCUGAAGAGAAAAACAUCCCAGUCACCCAAACCACUGCUAAACCUUGGUCCACUGAUGAAAAUUUGGCUCAUAUUUCAUUUGAAGCUGGUAUCUUGGAAGAUCCUGAUACUACUCCUCCAAAAGAUAUGUGGAAAUUAACUGUUGAUCCAUUAGAUGCUCCAAAUACUCCAGAAGAUUUCACUGUCUUCUUUGAAAAGGGUAAACCUGUCAAAUUAACAUAUACUGAAGAGGGUAAAGAAACUUCAGUUGUUGAUCCAGUGGAAUUAUUCCUUGUUGCAAAUAAAUUGGCUAGAAGAAAUGGGGUUGGUAGAAUUGAUAUUGUGGAAAAUAGAUUCAUUGGUAUCAAAUCAAGAGGUUGUUACGAAACUCCAGGUUUAACUUUAUUAAGAUCUACUCAUAUUGAUUUGGAAGGUUUAACCCUGGAUAGAGAAGUUAGAGCAAUUAGAGAUACUUUUGUUACUCCAACUUAUUCAAAAAUCUUGUAUAAUGGAUUAUAUUUCACCCCAGAAGGUGAAUAUACAAGAUCAAUGAUUCAACCAUCUCAAAACACUGUUAAUGGUCAAGUUAGAGCUAGAUUAUAUAAAGGUUCUUUGAUCAUUUUAGGAAGAUCUUCAUCAACUGAAAAAUUAUAUGAUGCUACUGAAUCUUCAAUGGAUGAAUUAACUGGAUUCCAACCUCAAGAAGCUUCAGGUUUCAUUGCUGUUCAAGCAAUUAGAAUUAAAAAAUAUGGUGAAGCUAAAAGAGAAAAGAAUGAUCCAAUUGUUUUAUAG